AUCUGCCUGGUAUCGUCCGAUAUACGAACAAUUGUUUGAUGCUGCAAGGGAAAAUAUAUAAACACUAUAUAGAUGGUUCAAUGUUCGUUUCAAGUUAGCGUGAGGUUUAAGACGUCAAUGGCUUACAUUCAUUGUGCAUGUUACUUGUAACGAUUAAAAAGUGACGAAAUAGGCUCCGUGGUUCGCGUAUUUUCUCCAGUUUGACAGUAAACGACAACACAAUGGCUGGAAUCCGGGACGAGAUUUUGGCUAAUUUUCAGGCAUGUACAGGAAUUGAUGAUGUUGGUGAUGCUAUUAAAUAUUUAGAAGAAUCAAAUUGGGAUCUAUUGGCAGCAGUAAAUCAAACUAUGCAUCGUGGUACACAACCAUUGCCUUCUGAUACAAGUCCAGAUAUAGAAAUGAUAGAAGAAUUUGAAAAAAUGCAUAAUUCAUCUUCAUUGCCAUCUCAAACUGUUUGUGGUUCUAAAAGUAAUUCAAAAAUGGAAGUAACAGAAAAUUCAAAACCAGGAACAAGUAAACCUAAAAGUUGUGCAAAAGAAAAAACUCUCACAUUCUAUAUUAAUCAUCUUAAUAAUGAAUAUAAAAUAAAUUUGUCUGAGCUUUCAUCAUUCAAGGAUCUCAAACAGCUUAUAUGGGAACAAACAAAAGUUCCACCUUGCCUACAACGUGUUUAUGGAUGGAAAAAAGAACCCAAAACACUUUAUACAACAUUACAAUCAUUAGAUUUGCCUAAAGAAAACACAUUAUAUAUGUCUCCUGUAACAGAAGAUGUUGAUCUAACAACUGAUAUUGUGAGCGUAUCAAAUCGAAUGACUCAAACAUAUACUUUAAACAUUAAAGAUGAAAUACACAAAAAAACAUUUAACUUGAAGUAUCUUGGCACAACUACAAUUUUAGAUGUAAAAUCUGGCAUUUAUUCACUAAUAGAUGUUCCAGUUCGAAAUCAGCAAUGGAAGGGUUGGCCAAAUUCAGUAAAAAAUGAUAAUGUUAUGUUAGCCCAAAGUGGAAUUUCAUAUCCAGAACAUGAUUUAUCUGUUAAUGAACUUCCUAUGAAAGAAGAAAAAAAGGAUGUUAUAGACUUAGUUGAGAGUGACAGUUCUAUAGAUGAUGAUGAUAUAGAAGAUGGAAUUUUUGUGGAUAGUGUCAGAUCUACAAAAACUCAGCGUCUUAUGCCGGAAAAUGUAACAGAUGAAACAAUAGGCACUAUACAUUUUGCAGAAGAAUUUGAAAAACGAUAUGGGCUAGCCCAUCCAGAAUUUUUUACUGGUACAUUUAAAGAUGCUGUUAAAGAAUCAUGUUUAAAGCCAGCAAAAGAGAGAAAAUUGUUAGCUGUAUAUUUACAUCAUGAUAAUAGUAUACUAGCAAAUGUAUUUUGCACAGAGUUAUUAAGUUGUGAAGCAGUACUCCAAGUUUUAUCUGCAAAUUUCAUUGUAUGGGGUUGGGAUAUUACGUUUGAAUCUAAUAAGCAAAGAUUUCUUUCGUCUGUAAAACAAACAUUAGGAUCGUUUGCAACAUUAGCUAUGGAAAACAUAGAUGUUGAUACUUUACCAGCUCUUGUAAUUAUAAUGAGGACUAGAUCCAAUACCGAAAUGUUUACGAUAAUACAUGCCAAUGUGGGAGUAAACGAACUAUUAACUAAUUUAAUUCAUGUUGUUGAAGUAUUCCAGGAACAACGACGCACCGACAUUGGUGUUGAAGAAGAAAGACAAGCUAGAGAAAAAGUAAAACAAGAACAAGAUAGAGCAUAUCAAGAAAGUUUAGCUGCAGACAGAGCGAAAGAAGAAGCAAAACAAAUGCAAGAAGAACUAGAGAGACAACGAAAAAAACAGGCUGAAAAUGAAUGGUUGGCUGAAAAAGCGAGAAAAGAAGCUCAUAGACAGGCCGUAGAAUCGAGUUUACCUCCUGAGCCACAACAAGGAACUAGUGAUGGAGUGCUGAAAGUACGAGUGCGGUUACCAGCUGGCAAAUUUCUGGAGCGUAGAUUUCAAUCUGAUACACCAUUACAAACACUUCUUAAUUUCCUCAUUGUGGAAGGUUACCCAACAGAAGAAUACAAAGUCCUGUGUAGUUGGCCUCGAAGGGAUUUAACAUCCAUGGAUUCAAAACUCACUCUCAUGGAUCUAAAAUUCUGUCCUCAAGAAACAGUAAUUUUAGAAGAACGAUAA